AUGAGCUUGGUAGAAGAACUAGAAAAAUGGGCUCAGCCGACCACGCUGCUUCCUGAUGUGGAAAGCGCCGAUUUUGAAAGUUCGUUCAAUAAUUUUGGUGAUAAUUUUUUUCUUAUAUUCAGCCGCUGGCCUGAAGUUCGAAAAGGCGAACAAUAUAGCUAAUCAGCCAUUCUCGGAUGGUAUCGAACAAGCAUACAGAGGACGAAAGGUUAUUUUUUUUCAAAAGCAGCGCCUGUUGCAGCGUUCAAUUCUCCGAUUCAGGUUUCUAGAGCCGAAAUUUUCAAAGAUUCAGGACAAGAAGAAGAGAGAAAAGAAGAAGAAAGCGGUGAGAAAACUAUUAGUCUUUUUCAUAAGCUUGUCAGCUUCAGACACACAAGAUGACAACAUUUCGUUUGACGAACAGAGUCUCGAUGAUUCCAUGAGCGGUAUCUCAUAAAAAUUCCUACCAAACACAGGUUUUUGUUUUGCAGGAAGCUCAGCUCAUGAACCUGGCAUUGAUUUUGUGGUAAGCGACAGAGCAAAAAAUUGAAAAACGGAGACAUUCCAGACAAAGACCGACCACAAGAAUAUCACUUUCCAUUCCACUGCCCAAACUGAAAAGAAAAGCAGAAACGAAGAAAAGUGUAAUUUUUCGUUUUUAACUUUUUUUUUUUUUUUCGAUAUUUCGCUGUAGAAACUGCAAAUUGCUCAGCUGUGGAUUUCAGCUGAAGCGAUAAUCGAGCAGAAAAAGUUGUGGGAUCAACUGAUGCUGGCCAACAUUCGAGUGCAUGGAUUGAUCAAGUUUUGCAACGUUUUGCCGCGUGGUUCCGUCCGAAAAGAACUGCUUCAAGCGAGCGACAAACAUACCAAAAUUGCCAUCACGACUGGUUAGUUCUGAAAAAAACUUUAUAUUUUGAAAAAAAUAUUUAUGUAAAAAUUGCUAUUGACAACUGUAUAAAUGAAAGCAGGUUCGAUAGCCUUUUCCAACUUGAUACUUUAAUAAAAAAAUUUUCAAUUUUCAUUCAAGAGGAUUUUUUUUCUUUCAUAGCUUUCAGUUUUUCAGCGUCUGACAACUUGACUCUCUUGCGAAGUUUGUUGCGUGAAGCUUGCCAAUACUAUCGAGAGUCCUCCGAAAUUGGUUUUUCGCUUUUUCUAUUUUUCUAAUGAUCUUUUUCUAAGGCAAGCAACCAGACGACGAAGAAAUUGAGAGCAGUGAAGAUGAAGCCGAGCAGGACGACCAAGUCGAUAGCGAUGCUGCACCCGAAGACGAUGACUAUGACGAUGAGGAUCAAAGGUUUUAUUUUAUUUUCCAAUUGUCAAUGAAAACUCCCAAUUUUAUCCGAGUCAUCGUGUUCCAAAACAGGCGAAUGCAAGCGAAAUGAAUGGGCGAGAAAAAAGAUCUACACAAGUUCUUUCUAACGCAAAACCUACGCUGUAUAUGUGAACGCUGUCGUCCGAAAAAUCCAGAAUAAAAAUAUUUCUGUCGGUUCUAUCAGCGGAUAUAUGACUGUCCAGGCUCGUGGAACUCUAAAGAAGAAUUUUUUUAAUGUUCCCUGGUUCGGAUCGCCAAAGUAGUCCAUAGGGGGAUAACCUUAGGAACACUUGAAGGUUCCCUUUAGGGACCACUUCAGCUCCUCGUUUUUACGACCCUACCCGCAGAGUUGAAAAAGAGGGAAAAUCAAGCUGAUGAAAAAAGUGAAUUAUUGGCUCAUUGGCAGUGUGUCCGCUUCGCGUGGUGGGAUGCCCGUCUAAUCAGAAACUCUGCUUUCCUUUUUUGCAACAAAAUUUAUCUUGAAAAGCACAUUUUGGAUAAUAAUUCCGUUUUCGCACAAGCUUUUUCAAGCUUUUUUUCAAGUUCAAAAUGAACAAAUUUUAUUCUAGUUUUUAUGGGACGAAUUUUUCAGUGUGUAGGAGAUCAAUCAGAAUAUUUUUUUGAAUUUCGAUUUGCGAAGAUUCCUUCUUUGUAUACAAGCAACUCGAGCAAAUUUUCAGUGAUUUCGAGGACGAGACCAGAGAGAACAAGCAGAACAAGUCGGUGACGAAAACAGAACUGAAUGCAUGCUUGAAAGCCACAGAUGAAAGCUAUGACAACUUCAGGUAAGUCAAAAGUCACGCAGACCUGGCCCAAAAGUUAAUUUUUUAUUUCAUUUUUCAUAGAAAUACGACUCUAACAAAAUGGCACAACCGGACGAAAGCUGUGGCAAAGACAAAAGGGGCGCAGUGAUUUCAGUGCUUUUUGAAAAAAGACGGCAUUUGUUUGCAAAUAAAAAAAGGUUUAUUUUUCAUAAUGCUCUUUAUUAAAAAUUCUAUACCUUUUUCUCUGAAUAAACAAAACUAUAAAACCGCGAAAAAAGCUGUGGAAAAUUAGCCAAACAUUAAUGAGCUGUAGAAAAAAUUGCCGACGAGAAAUGAGCGUCGCAAAUUUCGCCAGCGUUUGCAAAAAUUGGUUUUCAAAAUGCGCUCCACGGAAAAACAUUGGCCAUUUAAAAUUUGCACUUUCUUUUUUUUAAACUGUUCAUUAUCAGAUUCUCUGGAAUGUUGAACUUUAGUUUUUUUUUAUAAAAAUGCUUUUUUUUUCAUCAUAUGCCUGAAACUACACGUAUUUAGGUACUAAAUGACGAGAAACGUCUCUUGAAAAAAGUUAGAACAAGUCGAGGCGGAGAGGAUCGAGUUGAUUUCGAACCGGGAGCCACUGAAGAAGACGACGAGAUUUUCGAUGACGUCGACUUUUACCAAACGUUGCUCAAAGAAAUGAUUGAAAACAAAUCCUCCUCAUCCACCAACAACACCACGAACGCUCUGGACAUGACCAGGUUUUCACUUGACUAUAGUCUGUUGAGAUUUAGAAUGUCAAGUAGCUAACUCCGUCCUCAAAGCAACAAUAUCUUACGCGUCAAUGUUUCAUCUCCAGAUGACGGUGGACCUUUAAUAUGGCUGCAUUUUCUGACUUAUUUUUUGACUUAUUUUUCAACCUAUUAGAACAAAAAAGAUCAAAAAUCAUCCCGCGCGAUAAAACAUCGACGCGACUUUGGCAGCAGGGUCGGAAUUAGCUAGUUGACAUUUAAAAUCUAAACAGACUAUAGGCGUAAUUUUUGUUCUUUGCAGAAAUUAUAUCGAGUUGCAAAGUCUGUUGAAGACGAAUAAAAAGCGCGACACGGCCAAUUUUUCGUCUAAAGAACGGCGUCUCAAGUUCGAGCCCAUCUCGAAGCUUGUCAACUUUAAUCCUGCCACUCCCGAGUCGAUUGAAUGGGCUCAUGAAUCACGUAACCAGCUAUUUCAAUCCUUAUUUACCUAG